UCCAGGUAUCCUCCUGGCCAGCUUUGAUGCCAUCCUGCCUACCCUGCCUUCUCGCCAGUCCUGCAGUCUUCACUUCAUCUACUGUGCAAGGAAUGGUGAUUCUGUGAGAGAACUGCCUUUUGAUUACCUGUCUCCUGCUAUUGCUUGCUGCUCCUGGCCAGUGAUGAGCCAUUCAGCUGGACUGGGAUUUACCGUGAAGAAGGGAGAGGCAGAAUAUGAAUUGUAGACAUCCUGUCACGUUCCUCACAUACUGUUUUUACUGUAUCUGUAUAUAAACCUGCUAGUAUCAAGCACACACGCUCUCUUAAACCUACAUUGGUAUUCACAGACUUGCUAUUGUGUAAGAGGACUGGUAUUUUUCCCCACUAUGGCUUCAGUUUGGAAAAGGCUGCAGCGUGUUGGGAAACAUGCAUCUAAGUUCCAGUUUGUGGCCUCUUACCAGGAACUGAUGGUUGAGUGCACCAAAAAAUGGCAGCCAGAUAAACUAGUGGUGGUUUGGACAAGAAGAAGCAGAAGAAAAUCCUCUAAGGCUCACAGCUGGCAGCCUGGAAUCAAGAACCCAUACCGCGGGGUGGUGGUAUGGCCUGUACCUGAAAAUGUUGAAAUUACUGUGACUCUCUUCAAGGAUCCCCACGCGGAAGAGUUUGAAGACAAAGAAUGGAUGUUUGUCAUAGAGAAUGAAUCUCCUUCUGGACGUAGAAAAGCACUUGCCACCAGCAGCAUCAACAUGAAGCAAUAUGCCAGCCCCAUGCCUACACAGACAGAUGUCAGGUUAAAAUUCAAGCCUUUGUCUAAGAAGGUGGUAUCUGCCACACUCCAGUUCUCGUUAUCUUGUAUUUUCCUGAGGGAAGGAAAAGCCACGGAUGAAGACAUGCAAAGCCUGGCUAGUUUGAUGAGUAUGAAACAAGCUGAUAUUGGUAAUCUAGAUGAUUUUGAGGAAGACAAUGAAGAAGAUGAAGAAAACAGAGUGAAUCAAGAGGAAAAGGCUGCAAAAAUUACAGAAAUUGUAAACCAGUUGAAUGCUCUGAGCAGCUUAGAUGAAGAUCAAGAUGACUGCAUAAAGCGAGCAAAUAUGCCUUCAGCUAAAUCAGCCAGUUCCUCUGAAGAGCUUAUCAAUAAGCUUAAUUUUCUGGAUGAAGGGGAGCAAGACCUGGCCAACUCCAGCACAAACCCUUUUGGUGAUCCUGAUGCAGCAGAAUUGAAUCCAUUUGGAGACCCCGAUGUAGAAGAGCUGCACCCUGAAAUAGCUUCGUCUUCAAAACCAGAAGAAAGUUUCUAUGCGGACAGUUACAAUCCCUUCAAGGAUGAAGAUGCCCCAGACUACUUAAACCCAUUUGAUGAGCCAGAUCACGUGUCUGAAGCACUUGGAAGUGCAAGAGAUUCUCCUCCACAACCUGCAAAAAGGAAAAACGUCAGGCCAGUGGAUAUGAGCAAAUACCUCUAUGCAGAUACCUCUAAAGCCGAAGAGGAAGAGCUAGAUGAAUCAAAUCCAUUUUAUGAACCAAAACCAAGCCCUGCUUUAAUUAAAGUUGCUCUGCUGCAAGAACCAGAAAAGAAGAUGAAAAGAAAGGCUCCUGAACCCCCAAACCUCUUGCCAAAGACAGAGAUGGGCAUGGGUGACAACGUGUCAGCUAUUCCUGCAUCAAGGGAGCUUUCCUCCUCUCCUAAGCCAAGCCCGAUACCAAGUCCUGUUUUGGGGAGAAAGCCAAACGCUAGUCAGUCAUUGCUCGUGUGGUGCAAGGAAGUUACAAAAAACUAUAGGGGAGUGAAAAUCACCAACUUUACUACGUCGUGGAGGAAUGGUUUAUCCUUUUGUGCAAUAUUACAUCACUUUAGACCAGACCUAAUUGACUACAAGUCCCUGAAUCCUCAAGAUAUUAAAGAGAACAACAAAAAGGCAUACGACGGGUUUGCCAGUUUAGGAAUAUCACGAUUGCUGGAACCUUCUGACAUGGUUUUGUUGGCGAUACCCGACAAACUGACUGUUAUGACCUAUCUCUAUCAGAUAAGGGCCCAUUUCUGUGGCCAGGAAUUGAACGUGGUUCAGAUAGAGGAGAACAGUAGUAAAAGCACAUACAAAGUGGGUAACUAUGAAACGGACACAAACAGUUCUGUCGACCAGGAAAAGUUCUACGCAGAGCUGAAUGACCUGAACCGGGAGCCCGAACUGCAGCCGCCGGACGGUGGCUUGGCAGACUUUGCUUCUCAGGAUGACUCCGUGUUUGUAAAUGACAGUGGUGUUGGAGAAUCUGAGAGCGAGCAUCAGACUCCUGAUGACCAUUUAAGCCCGAGCACAGCUUCCCCUUCUUCUCGCAGGACUCGAAGUGACACAGAUCCACAGAAAUCCCAGCAGAGCUCUGGAAGGACUUCUGCGUCUGAAGAAAUUGGGAAGUGUAGCAGUACAGACACAACACAAGUGCAGCCUACAUUGGGAAGGAAAAAAUUGCUGAUAACUGACACUUUAGAAUUCAGUGACUUAGCACAUGUCAGUGAUCAAAAAGAGGAUACGUCUCCCACAGUUGCUUGUGAAGAUAACAACAAGAAGAGACACCAGAGUUUAGACAGUACUACUGGUUUCUCAGAACAAGAAAAGCUGGGAUGUAUUGGAUCCACAGAGAGCACAAGAGCAGAUCCUGGUUCACCUGUCACAAAACCGAGUUUAUCUCCGACUUCUAAGCCUGGAUACUCCUAUAAUAUGGAUACAGAUCUUACAAAGAAACCACAUGCUUCUCCAAGGCAAACAGAAUCUGAUUCUGACAGUGAUGCCAGAACAGCUUUAAGUCAUGCAGAUCAAACUGCAAAAACAGCCCAGCAACGUAUGUUGUCAAGACAGGAAGAACUUAAAGAACGAGCAAGAGUUCUGCUUGAGCAAGCAAGAAGAGAUGCAGCAUUAAAGGCAGGGAAUAAGCAACUAAGCAAUACGCUCAUCCCAGCCCGCAAUAAGCAGCUGAACGAUCAGCAAGAUGAAGAGCGGCGUCGGCAGCUGAGAGAGAGAGCUCGUCAGCUAAUAGCAGAAGCUCGAUCUGGAGUGAAGAUGUCAGAACUUCCCAGCUACAGUGAAAUGGCUGCAGAAAAGUUGAAAGAAAGGUCAAAGGCAUCUGGAGAUGAGGAUGAGGAUGAUGAUAAUAUUGAGAUAGAUACUAAUGAGGAGGUUCCUGAAUGCUCUGUUACUGAAGGUGGAGAUGAACUUACUAACCUAGAAAAUGACCUUGAUUCAACGGCAGAACAAAACAGUAAGUUGAUGGAUUUGAAGCUGAAGAAGCUCCUAGAAGCUCAGCCACAGGUGGCAAAUUCACUCUCCAGUGCUGCUCAGAAAACUGUAACAGAUAGCUCAGAGCAAGACAUUAAGCAGAAUGGAACAGAGGAACAUCGUGCUGAGCGAUCACAAAAAGCAGCAGAACGGUUUAGAAAUCCCGUUGUGUUCAGCAAGGACUCGACUGUCAGGAAAACUCAGCUCCAGUCUUUCAGUCAAUAUGUGGAGAGCAGACCAGAGAUGAAAAGGCAGAGAUCAAUACAGGAAGAUACAAAGAGAGGAAAUGAGGAGAAGGCUGCGAUAGCUGAGACUCAGAGGAAGCCAUCAGAAGAUGAAGUGCUUAAUAAAGGGUUCAAAGACACCAGUCAGUAUGUUGUAGGAGAAUUGGCAGCACUAGAGAAUGAGCAAAAGCAAAUUGACACCCGUGCCGCGCUGGUGGAGAAGCGCCUUCGCUAUCUCAUGGACACAGGAAGAAACACAGAAGAAGAAGAAGCUAUGAUGCAGGAAUGGUUCAUGCUGGUUAACAAGAAGAAUGCCUUAAUAAGAAGAAUGAAUCAGCUUUCUCUUCUGGAAAAAGAACAUGACCUAGAAAGGCGCUACGAGCUGCUGAACCGGGAGCUAAGAGCAAUGCUUGCCAUUGAAGGUAAGAGCAGUGCUGGGUGCUGAGGGGGGGAAAUGCUC